UUGUUUGAAAAUGUGGUUUAGCUUUCUGGGGUGACAGAAAGCAACUUGUGCUAUCCAAUAUUCAAUGUUAGCUAGCUAGACAGCUAAGGCCGAUUAAUGGUUAUAAUGACAGUACUAGCUAACAAUUUCGCAUUUUGAUUUUUUUCCGUAUAUUUAUUGUAAAACAUACAUUACUGAACAUGUCACAGUGUGGACAACUAAUGGUACAAAGAUCUAUGAUGAGUUGCUUGUCUGUUAAGCAGCUCUUUUUAAAAAUUUAAAAGCUUCAGCCAGCUGUUUGUAAUCUGUCUGAACUAGUUAAAAUUGUUAUGAUCCACUAAAGUUCUUCAUUCUGGUUUUCUGUAGCUAUAUGUGAGAGAAGUCGUAUAUCAUUCCAGAAAAGAACUUAAGUAUGGCCGCAGAGCCCUUCAAGUCAGAUGAGAACCUCAAAACAAGGCCACUGGAUGGACGUAUAUCCCCCAACGUGGAAGAAAACCUGAAUCCAGGGGAAACCGAGAUGGGGAGUGACGACAAGGAAAAGCCGCAGGAUGACCUGUCAGGAAACAGUGCUUGUGGACAGGAGGUUGAUGGAGUGGCCAUUUGCCAGUUCUUUUUGCAGGGCAGGUGUCGUUUUGGAAACCGAUGUCGUUUGUCACACAGCCUGCCCCAAUCUUCAUCAGAUGUCCCAGAGCGCGGACAUGAUGAACAACAGGAUACAAGAAACCAAAAGAAGUCUGGAAACAUUAAGAAAAUGCAAAAGAGAGAGAAAAACAGGAAGGAAGUGGUGGAAAAAGAAUAUACCAAAAAGCCUCGUAUGCGUACUGCUGACGAUGUCAUCUCAAGGAUUUUGUGGGAUCCCUCCUUGGAUCCAACCGAUUUCACCGUGGGAUACCUGGACCGCUUUCUGGGGGUGCUAGAACGUCCCUUUUCGGAAUUCUCAUGGGAAACUGAUGUCUGCAACUGUAACUACUCCGAGGAGCUGGCUCUUCCCCGACACAGGAUUCAGUACUUUACCUAUGGGGGCCGACGUAUCUGGGACAGGGAAAGCAGGAUGGAUGGGGUUUUUGGCUCUACUGGGGGGCCACUUGAGCCUCCCUUUGCUGCAGAGGGUGAGAAAGAGGAAGGAAGUGUAACCCAAGAAACUAGACCACGGGAAUCGGGGGAAGAACUACACGAAACAUGCAGUGAACUCAGAGAAGAAAGGAGCAGCGGCCAUGCAGGAGACGCGCGCGAUCAGGGCAGCUUUCCCAUGCCUCACAGGGCAGACGGGGAGACAGGGGCCGGAGACCUCCCUCACACGGUACCUGAGAUGGCAGGAGUUGCUCUGAGCGACCAAAAGGGCAUUCCCACUGACCCCACGCAGGGCAAAGAGAAAGCAGGAAGCGAAGCACAAGUAUGUGAAAAGAAAGCAGUUGAUGAUCCUGAGUUGUCUCAUUUGACAGCCCAAAUGUCUGUCUCUGAGCGAGGUAAUGCCAACAGAGAAGGAGAUGAUGGAGAACAGGAGGACUGGGAAGAGAAAUGGGAGGGUGAAGAAGAAAAAGAACAGUUCUCAUGGCAUCCCUGGCCUUCAUCCAAGCAGUCCUCCCACUCUCCAGUAAAGUCUGAGGCACAGAGUCCAGUCCUCGCGGACGGAGGCCAGUCUCAGCCUCGGGAGCAGAGGCAGAAACCUGGCGGGAGGAAGCCCACUCACUUCAUCACCUUCCGCGCAGACACACCCGCCAUCCUCUCGGGGUUCCAGCGCCUCCGGGAGGAGAUCACCUCCCUCUUCCCUCUCUCCGCCCCUCACUGGGCCUCCCCCAAAUCCCUCCACGUCACAGUGUGUCUCCUGGUCCUCUCUGGGCCCAGGGAGGUCAGUGCGGCCUGCAAGAUUCUGAGAGAGUUUGCCCGGAAACGCAGCCAGUGUCUACUCCACCUGUCCUUCCCACCAAUGCUGGACCAUUUUGGGGGAAGGGUCCUAUUCCUCACUCCACACCCUCUGUCUGGACUUCAGUCCCUAAAUGAAUACCUGCAGAAGGUGUACAGUGAGAAGGGUUGGCUUCAUGAAGACUCUGUGAGCCCCAAUUACCACCUGACACUGGCCAAGAUGGAGGGAAGGGGCGGUGAGCGCGUGUUCAAGAGAGUGGUGGACACGUACAGUGCGGCUGAAUUGAAGGCCAUAGAUUUUGGGGAACUGGUUGUAAGCGAGCUGCUUCUGUGUGUAAAUGGCAGAGCUAAGAUGGAAGAUGGGUUUUACGAGACUGUCUGUGUGGUGAACCUCUAGUUCACCACACAGACGUGUGAAUGCCACUGAAAAUCUGUGUGUGAGUGUCAGUGAAGGGGCAGGAGGAGGUGGAUAAGACCAAACCACUGCAUCUGUCACAGAUUGGUUUGUGAGACGGCGACUGCAAAUGAAACUGUACUGUACAAGAGUUAUUCUGGAUUGUGCCUGGUUAACCGCGAGGGGCCCUAUGAGCAGCAGGAACCCUGAUUGAUCACAGUACAGGCAGGACGACGUUCCUUUGUGUACCUGCAUACCUGUACUCCUGCUCACUAAUGACCUUGUCGUGAGCCGCGGACCCCUUGCCGAGCUCAGACCUCAGGUUCCCACGAGCAGUACCCCAUGAGGAGGUGUCUCGGGGACGAACUCUCUUUUCCUUUAAGUACUCCGAACGUCCUGGAGCCCUGGUAAGUUCUACUGAACUUCCAGCCCAGUCUCGAAGUGAAGGGUGUGAUGCAAAUCUGGUAUACGAUUUCCUGUAUUCACUGUAUUCCUCUUAAGAGAACCUUUAUCACAUAUGAUUAUAGUAAGAUAUACUUUAUUAUAAUCAAUCAAAAGAAUUGAGUUAUACAGCUGACAAACAUCAUCUUUCAGUUUGCUAAUCACAUACAAGUUCCAUAUACCCCUUUAGCUCUUUCUAAUUUACUUUUCCACCAGAUGUUAAAUUCAAGGUACACCCCUCAAAUACCCAUCCUCUUUGGCCUUAGCCUUAUCCUAUAGCUCCUCCUUCACGGAGAUAAAAGAAAUUAUUCCUAGAAUAUUAUGUGCAUCUACACUCUAAAACUUCUCUACAUUUUUUCUACCUUAUAUAGUAUCUUAAUGAAAAAUAAAAGACAUCAAAAUGAAAGGAAACUUAUAACGUUGAACUUCUAUGUGCUACUUUUCCUACUUCUACAAGUAAUAUAGAUUAUAAUUACCACUCAAGCUUGAUUAUAGUUGUUCUGUGUUGCUCUUUCAACAUCAGUCCUGUUGCCACAACUCUUGGGCUGAGUCCGCACCGCGUACAUCACUCUGUUCUCCAUAUCCAGAGGGAGGGAGCGCGCCACUCCAGCUUGACUACAGCUGUCCUGCGUUGCUCUCUCUUCAACAGCCCAUAGAUAUCUUCUGAAGCAAAAUUCUAAGAUGCUAUCCUAAGGUCUAAAAGCUUAUUCCUUAUAUAUUCUUAACUCGUAUAAAAGUGUACCUUUUUUUGAUAAGAAAUGUCCCCAGUAUACCGAGUGGGAAGACAUUUAUCUCUUAUACAACUUUUUAAUGAGCCUAUUCAUCACUGUUAUUUGUCUCCCUGUCAUAAUCUCUCCUUGGACUCUCUCCAAACUUUGACAUCAUACAAGCCAGCAGUAAGUGCCUUCCACCAUCUCAAUACACUCUUCAGGUGCUCUUUUUUGUGGCGCCUUAAGGGAUCUACAAAGGACAUCCAAUGAAUAGCUGAGUGUAAAUAAUCCCCCAACUCCUCUACAGUCAGUCCUUUGAAUCUAUCCAAUACAUUUAUCAGAUUAUCAUUUCCCCAUCAUCUAUAUUGUUUUCCUCAUCUUUUUGCUUUAACCAGGCCUUAUGCUCCUCCCCUGUAGGGUUGGGGUAUUCCCCGACUGCUCGCUCAGCAUGUUGAAUCUCCUCCAAGGUCAUGCUGGAACUCAUUCUAUGCAUGGCCUCAGUCAGAACUUUAACCUUUCUCCUUAGUACUCUAAAUCUAAGUCCCCCGACUUCAGACUCCUCUGCUGACAAGUAGGGCUGCUCAUUAUCUCUGAACCGCAUAUUUUUCCUCUUACGGGCGUUCUUGCUACCACCUCAAUGGCAUGUGCGAGGGGUUAAGAAUGCAUUCCUGCCUAACCCAUCCCUGUCAAUCUCUCAUCAGGGGGCCUAGGGCCGGGUCCUCGACACUACCCGGACAAGAAUUCUGAAGAUGCAGGGUUCAGCCAUGUGGGAGGCUGCUUGCUUGUUUAAAAAAAAUUAUUGUUCUUUUUAUGCUCUGAAGGUUCGGUUUCCCUUCGGAUGGUCAAAUCUGACUCCACUGUUGGGCUGGUUUGGCAGAUGUUGGGCUCUCUUUGCCGUUCUUCUUCCCUAGCAUUAGCUCUCCCCUUUAGCCUUUUCAGUUUGCGGUGGUGUAUUGCUUGUAGGAUUGGCUGUCCCAGGCACCUCUGCCAUGACACAUUACCUCUGCCCCAGGCUCUCUGUGAGGUCAGUGCGUGAGUGCCACUCAGUGCCCUGGGAAAAAAUAACCAUGGCAGCGCUAGCUGGCUGGGGGCGUGGUAGUGGGUAGGAGGCAAAAGAUAACAAGUGACUUGGUAAUAUGGAGGUUAAGAAAGAUAAUGGAUGGAACUGCUUAGAGUAUGUGCUUGAAUGUACUAAUUGUGAAGGAAACAAUGAGGCACUUUUUUUCCACAAAUAGCUGCAAACGUCCUUUUCCUUGGUAACCCAUGGGAAUGCCAGUGUUGCACAGGAGUGGGGAGCUGGGCAUAUAAACCCAAGCUUACAGGCUCACUACCUUGGUAACAUACUGCUGCGAUAACUAGAUAUGCUUUAAUGUACUGUAUGUAUGGAUAUUGAAGUAGAAAUAAUUGCUAAACAAAUCAAAUCAACUAUCCGAUUUAUUCUUUAAUAUGUCAUCAGAAACAUGCACAUAUAGUUUACUGCUUCGAAUGUGAUGUAUUGGGUAUAAGAGAUGAGACUCAAUGAAACACACAUUUUUCAUGUUUAUUUUUCUGUCUACUUCUGAUUAUUUUGUCUUGUUAUAAUUUUGCAGUGAUGACUUUCUAAGGUGUUUCUUUGUGUCAAAAAAGAGGCUGCUAAGCUAACCAUUAAUAUUAAUAUUAAUAUCUUAAUAUCCUGCAAUUGUACUGUAUGUUUGAACUUGGGACAAACUUCAGUGCAACUCUGCUGGGUUUCUGUUUGCUUUGAAUGUUAAUCAUUUGCUAAAUAUUUUAUGACUCUUUCUGGUGAACCAAUUUUAAUAAAAAAUUUUUUUUUAAAGUUUUUCUAAACUCAAUGGACAUUUAAAUGAGAUGUCCAUUAUAAUAAUUUUACACAGAAUGGGUAAAGGCGGUUAAGUGAAAUGUUGAUAAAUCAUGAUUUAUUAUGCAUCCUGCUUUUAAGUACCGUAUUAUGUAACUGAAAUGUCCUCUGGUGUCACUCUUAGACAUUCUUCUUUACUAAAAUGUUUGUAUUUUAUAGUGGCUACUUGUAAAACAUUCCUACUUAUAUUUGAGGUAUAAAUAAAUUUGCACUACUCAA